GGUGCCGCUCGUCUUCCCCUCCCCGUCACUCCCCUCCCCCCACCCCGUCGCUGCCGCUUUCCCUCUGCCAAUUCGGAGAGCGCCGGGCUCCUGUGACAUGCGACCGCUGCCAAGUGACGGUCCCCGAGUCUGAAGUGCCCGCGAGGAAGUGAGCGUCAAGGCGGGCCGCCGGCGAUGACAGCCAUGAAGCAGGAGCAGCAGCCCACCCCGGGGGCCAGGGCGAGCCAGGCGCAGCCGGCGGACCAGGAACUGGGAAGUAACAGCCCUCCACAGAGAAACUGGAAGGGAAUUGCUAUUGCCCUGCUGGUGAUUUUAGUUGUAUGCUCACUCAUCACUAUGUCAGUCAUCCUCUUAACCCCAGAUGAACUCACAAAUUCAUCAGAAACCAGAUUGUCUUUAGAAGACCUCUUUAGGAAAGAUUUUGUGCUUCAUGACCCAGAAGCUCGGUGGAUCAAUGGUAUGUGCACACAUCUGUAUGUGCUGUAUUUAUUUUGAGUUCCGUGUAACUAAAAUGAAAUAAUUAUAUUUGGUAGCUAAUAUUUUAAUUAACAUUAUGCUUCAGCAAUUAUAUAUACCAAUGUACCAUUUAAUCAGAAAUUAAUACCUUGGCUCAUAUGAGAGAAAGCCAGUUCCUAAGAUAGGUCAUCAUUCAAAUUAUUCUCAAGUAUUAGAUUGUUCUAUAUCUGCAGUGCCUCAUGAUUGCUAGUUAUGUGACUUUAAGCAUGUGCUAAAUCUUAACAUUUCUCUGGAUAAUGCUUUUUGGUGUAGAAAUCUAUACUUGUAGAAGUAUAGAUUUUGGGAGGCUGCGUAUGUAAAUGCUUCAAAUUUGGCAAUCAGAUUAGUUUUCUUUUCUCUGUGUGGCUUUUCUUUUUAACUUUAAGUGCUACAAACUAGGGAGAAUCUUUGCAAAGUUGAAAUACUUACAUAUGACAUGGAGAUAUAUCGCACUUUCUUUUUCUGGCUUGGUAAAAAAAAAGCCCCAAAAGACAAAAACAAAACAGAACAAAAAAAGCAUCUCAGUUCUUCUUAGGUUAGUUCUGAUUUUAUUAUUGUCAAAAGUUUUAAAAAAGCUUUUAGAUUUAAAAAGGAACAAUGAAAAAUAAAAACCACUGAAUGGCUCUAUGGACUUUGGUUUUUCUUAAUGAAAGGUAAUAGGGGUAAUUAUUGGAUAAGAAAUGUGUUGGUAAAAAGGAAGUCAUGUGUC